ACGAUACACUCCAAGAUAUGGGUCAAAUGCCGGUCAUUCCUGUUCGAAUCGAUUACAAUUUGUAAUGUUACAAUGCGGACGUUCGCAAACUGUUUACUCGCGCUCGUCCUGCUGAUAUUCGCCUGUUACGGGCAGGAGGCAAAUCGCGACGUAAAACAGCAACCCGAACUCGCGACCAUCGUGCGGAAUUGGGCCGAGAAAUUGGGGGGCGAGCUUUGGCACUUCGGCGAGCUGGUCACCAGGCGCAAUAUGGUCAUCGACAGCUAUAAACGUACGACCGUCGUGCCGGAAGACGGCGAUUCGCUCCUCAAGGAUAUGGCUGAGAAAAUCAAGAAGAUGAUGGACGAGAAGGUGACCGCUGUGCGAAGAAUAAUGGAGGUCGCCGAGAAUAAGGCGGUGAUGCAGGGCGACGAUGUCGAGCCGAGCUUUGAAUUUUACAAUGCCAAAAAUUUAAUUAACUCCGCCCCCAAUGAAACAUUCGAAGAGCACGAGGAGGCCGAGUUGAACGAAAGCGAACAGGCUCAAAAGUUGCACCAAGACUUGGAGCCUUACCAAAAUUUGGUCCAAACCGAAACGGGCUACGGCUACCAGCAAGACCAAGAUUUACCGGACGCUGUCGACGACGUCCCGAAGGUGACCGACAUCGAGACCGUUGAGAGCGAGCAGGAUGCCCAGGCGAGCCAGACGCCGCCGGACGACAAGCGUCGGCUGCCCCUCUUCCCGAAUCCCCAAUUCUACAAUAUUCCCGUUAACACGAACCACAGCGCGGUGCACGUGCCCAGCAACGUGUACGAGCGAUCAAAAGAGGUGAUUAAGGGCAUCAAGUGGUCCGAAGAACUCGAUAACACUUUCAAAAACAACUACAAGGAAGAUCCGACGCUGUCGUGGCAGUAUUUCGGCAGCUCCACGGGAUUUAUGCGACAAUUUCCUGCAAUGAUCUGGUCGCAAGAGCCAGUCGACCUGUUCGACUGCCGCACUCGUUCCUGGUACAUCGAGGCGGCCUCGUCGCCAAAGGACAUAAUCAUCCUGGUCGAUCGUUCCGGUUCGAUGACCGGAAUGAGACGCGAGGUAGCUCGGCACGUCGUCAACAACAUCCUGGACACUUUGGGAAAUAACGAUUUCGUUAAUAUUUUUACGUUCAGCAACACCACCGACACGUUGAUCGACUGCUUCAACGACAUUCUCGUUCAGGCGAAUUUGGCCAACGUUCGCGCCUUGAAGGAGGAGAUGGCCAAUUUUCGAACUGAGCAGAUCGCCAACUUUUCGUUGGCGCUGACGACGGCGUUUAGGUUGCUGCAGAACUAUCGCGAAAAUAAGCUUGGCGCUCAGUGUAAUCAAGCCAUUAUGUUGGUCACAGACGGCGUGCAGUACAACUACAAGGAGAUCUUUAAAGAGUACAACUGGCAGAACUUGCCAUUCAUGCCGGUACGCGUUUUCACGUACCUAAUCGGUCGAGAGGUGAGCGACGUCCGCGAGGUCAAGUGGAUGGCCUGCGCGAAUCAAGGUUACUACGUACAUCUCAGCACGUACGCCGAGGUGCGGGAGCAAGUCUUGCAGUACAUACCGGUGAUGGCACGGCCGAUGGUCCUCAAUCCGUCUGUGAAGCCGCAUCCGACCUGGAGCCCGGUUUACGCCGACGUCGCCGAUCCGAAGCUCACGAACUGGCUGUGGGUGACGCGCGAGCGCAACAAACAACGCGAGCGCUUCAUCCUCUACCGCCGCAACAAGACGAUGUUCAUCCCCGACGAGCAGGACCGCAAGUACGUCCACAGACAGAAGCACAAGCCCGAAGAGUACGGCGACCUGCAGGUGUACCGCCUGAUGACCUCGGUCUCGCUGCCCGUCUACGACAAGCGACCGAACGCCAAUAUCACUGAACAAAUUCAAAUCAACGAGGCGACGUGGAUUACCGUGACCCGCGAGACGCGCGUCGCCAACUUGUUGGGAGUGGCCGGAACUGACGUUCCGAUUGAGUACAUACAACGACUGAUGAUGCCGUAUAGGAUCGGAGUGAACGGUUAUGCCUUCAUCGUCACGAAUAACGGUUACAUUUUGAUUCACCCGGAUUUGCGACCCGUGUUUCAGGGUAUACUCAAACCGGCUUACAAUCGAGUCGACUUGCUUGAAGUGGAAGUGAUGGACGACGAUUCGGAGCCGCGCGACUUCAACGAGUCGAUAAUCGAGUUGCGAAGGAACGUCGUAAUGCAAUCCCGCGGUCACGUCAUGCUCAAAGUGAAAACUCAUCUCGACGACCUGAGACGGAUAAUACUCAGCAACCGCCACUAUCACUACAUGGGUAUCAAUAACACGCCGUUCAGUGUCGUACUCGCCUUGCCCGAUCGCUACGGCUUCAAUCGCAUCCAAUACGCGCUGGACGACGACAUUCAUCGAAUGCGAUCGAAUAAUAUGAUCAAGGGGCCCGUCACGCAGUUUUUCACCGGGAAUUGGACCAUCCAUCCGGAUUGGUUGUACUGCAAGUACUCGGACGACAAGCACAACUUCGAAACGCCCGAGGAGGAGUUGCUGCACUUCUUAGUCAAAAUCGACUUGCCACGCUGGAAAUGGUCGAGGGAGUGCGACAGUAAGCUAAUUAAAUCGCUCGUCGCCGACGCGAAGAUGACCGAGUGGUUUAAUCAGAACAUUACGACGAGCAACAAGGACGAGAACGGGCCAAUAGCAAUGUUGAUGGCACUAAUACCAAGGCACGAGUUUAUUAAGCGUUUCGGAAUCACGGUCGCCUUCCUGUCGACUUACAGCGGGCUGACGCGCUGGCAGGACUUUCCACAGAAUAUCGGCGACAAGGAGGCGAGAGACGAGCCGCACUUUCAUCAGUUGCACAAUAAGGCGAUCGACGAGGUGUGGUAUAGACGCGCCGUCGAGCAGCACUACGUCGAACCGAGGAGUUUCGUGUACUCGGUUCCGUUCGACGUCGGCGACGAGAAUAACACGCUCGUGACGGCGAGUCACGCGAUCUUUAAGGACGACGGUACACGAAAGGCCCCCGCCGCCGUGGUCGGGUUUCAGUUUUAUCACAGCGCACUUCGCUCGUUGUUUACCAAGAUUACGUCGACAUGCGGCAAUAUACAGUGCAAGCGCACGUGCAGCUCACAAGAGCUGUACUGUCUGGUUUUGGACGAUAACGGGUACGUGAUCGUCAGUGACGAACCAGGUGAUACUGGGCGCUUCCUGGGGGAUUUGCGCAGCGACAUCAUGUCGUAUCUAAUCGACGAGGGCGUCUACAAGGCGACCCGCAUGUUCGACUACCAGGCGACUUGCUUUCGGAGCACCGACACAGGCAGCCACGCGUCCCGUUCGCUCACAUCGUUAUUAAAUGUUUCGGAGCUAUUGCGAUGGGCGAUCACGACGCUCGUGUACCUCACGAGAUCGGUUUGGUGCACCGAAUUGCUGCCGACGAACGAGCCCGAGCACGAGGACGAGGACCAGACCAUCCUGGACGAGCCGCCGCUGAGCGCGAACGAGAAGGAGUUCGAUCCGCGAGUGCUCAUCAGAAAGACCAGUCCGGAACCUUGCGAUCAGGAUGUUUCGUUGUACACGCUCGGCUUGAAAAAUACCACCGCGGAGGCUUUCGAUAGAACCAUGACGAUCGGAUGCGAUAGACCGUUCAUCGUACAACCCGUGAUCGGAAGUAACAUGAUCCUUUUGGUUAUCAACAACGUGUGCUACCCGGAGGAUCGGUCGAUUCCCUCGCCCGAACUGAACGAGAUCGAUUACAACAUCAGCCUGACCUGUUAUCGUGUAGUGCACGACGCGUACCCCCGCCGGCACUACAUGAGCUGCAUCAACAGAAGCAUUCACGAGCGCGAAAUCGAACUGUGCGGUACCGGAAGUUCACUCCGCACGCCCAUCGUUAUGGUUCUGUUGGCGAUUGCCUACCUAGCGGGAAGAAUUUCGUAGGAGUUAGUUAUAAUUUAGAUUUCCGUCUGUGAUAUGUAUAAUAAAGUUUAUGUAAUCUUCUAAUCUUCAAAUACAGUUUAAUUCGUUUCG